UUGCACCGACGAAUAAGAUAGAUAGGUAGAGAGGUAGAUUCAUAGAUAGAUACAGUGCAGAGAGAGAGAGCGAGUGUCUGGUCGGGAUCAUCCCACCAAAACGCCACAUCUCUUCACAACGUCUAUCCUCAACUAACCUUACCAGCCGUCUCAUCUCAAUCAAUCAAUCAAUCACUCUAUCAACGAUGACUUCGUCCGGCGGUGCACGCUUCAUGGCUUACUCUCCUUCUCCUUCCUCUCCUCAUCUCCCCUCUCUCCGCUCCGCCGCCGCCGCCGCUGCCGCCGUUGCCGCUUCCUCCGCGCUCCUCGAUCAAGAGAAAUAUCUCAAUGAACUUCUAGCUGAGCGUCACAAGCUGAAUCCAUUCAUGCCUGUGCUUCCACAUACAUAUCGGCUUUUGAGCCAGGAAAUUAUGCGUGUAACCACACUGUUGGGGAAUGCAUCAGUUUUAGGUCAAAGUGGGCUUGAACAUGCUAGCCCCCUCACCUCUGGAGGAAUAUAUUCAAAUGGAGGAGCUGAUAUGAACGGAUUGGCAUCACGGUUUCAAUCAGAAAUUCCCGGUUUAGUGCAGCCCACAUCAGCACAAAAUUGGCUUAGUUCACGAGGUAGCUCAUCAGGUCUUAUUGUUAAGAGGACAAUCAGAGUGGAUAUUCCAGUUGACCAAUUUCCUAAUUACAACUUUGUUGGACGUCUCCUUGGUCCUAGGGGCAACUCUCUUAAGCGAGUGGAGGCCAGUACGGAAUGUCGUGUUCUUAUCAGAGGGCGUGGCAGUAUUAAGGAUCCAGCAAGGGUAAGGGAAGAAAUGAUGAGAGGAAAGCCAGGAUAUGAACAUCUGAACGAACCUCUUCAUAUCCUGGUUGAGGCUGAACUACCAGUUGAAAUAGUUGAUGCUCGCCUAAUGCAAGCACGUGAGAUACUAGAAGACUUGCUUAAACCUGUGGAUGAGUCCCAUGAUUUCUACAAGAAACAACAACUGCGAGAGCUAGCAAUGCUCAAUGGUACACUUCGUGAAGAAGGUUCUCCCAUGUCAGGUUCUGUUUCUCCCUUCCACAACAGUCUUGGCAUGAAGAGAGCUAAGACUAGAGGGUGAUGGUUUUCAAUCAAUGGGCUUUUGGAGCAUCCGCAAUAGUGUCUGCUAGUAAAAAGCAGUUCCCCACAUCACAGUUGUUGCUGUGUCAAAAUCCCUCCAACUGCCAUCGGGGCACUGGCAGUAUAUAUAUACUGUGCUAGUUCUAACUUAUUUCUCUAUGGAGUGUGUUUAUCCUCUGUCCGUAGGAUGUUUGACAGUCAGUAAUAUGGGGGUUUGCACUUAAUAUGUUGAUGCUGAGGCAAUCGGUGAGGACAUUAUCUUGCGGAUGCCAUUCAUGUAUUAAUUAUAAGCUUGUGAGGGGUUAAGGUAUUGUUUCUAUAUAAAAUGUGAAGCGAGUGAGCGAUCAAUGGAUGUUUGGGUUGAGUGUAAUGUAGUAGCGGUAGGUGGAUUUAUUAUUGGCAGUCUUUGCCAUGACAAUUGUGAAUGUGUUUGCUCAAUUCCCCUUCUUUCUAUCA